AUGUGGAUAGGUGCGCUCGUGUUGACAGUGUUACUCAGAAGUGGAGGGGCCGAUCCCUGGUGGAACAAUGCGGUAUAUUACAGCGUCCUGGUCGACUCUUUUAAAGAUAUGGAUGGAGAUGGACUGGGGGACUUAAAUGGACUUACAAAGCAACUAAGUUACGUUCGUGCUCUCGGUGCGGAUGGUGUAAUUCUAUCUUCUGUAUCCUCGAAAAGUAUGGAUUGUGAUCAACCCGGUAUUAUGGAUUUUACUAACAUAGAUGAGAGAUACGGAAAUUUGGAUGACUUUAAGGGACUUGUAGAGAAGGCGAAAAAGUUAGAGCUCAAACUGGUGAUUACUUUGACAAUGCAGACAAUCAGUUCAAGUUCUGAGCUGUUUAAUCUAAGCGCUGAACGCAAGACUGGGUUCGAAGAUAAAGUUAUUUGGAGGGAUGGAAGUCUUGACGAAUCGCCAAAUGAAGAUGGAAUCAAUUGGGUAUGGCGUGAAAGCAGGCAAGCGUAUUACGGCUCGUUGCGUAAAGAGGCUGUUUUAAAUCUCUGUUCGGAAAGUUUACUAGCUAUGUUGUCAGACGCUCAGUGCACUUGGUUGAAACGAGGAGUGUCUGGAAUACUCCUACACCCGGAUUUUCCCUUAGAUCAUGAAUGUGGUGUGCAACUUGUACAAAAUAUGACUGUUGCGGCUAUGAGCUGCUCUCGAACUGCUAACUUAGAAGUACCAGUCAUUUUAGUAGAAACUGCGCUAGGAGCGGAAGUCAGCGCUAAAUAUUACGUUGAAGUAGGUUUAGGCGCCAAUAGUGUUAUUAGUUACGAUUUGGCUUCGCCAGCCAAGCGGCCGGCGGCAAGUUUGGCGCUCGCCCUGCACGCGUCGCUGUUGUACCCGCCGCAAGAUAUGACCCCCACUUGGCUCACUAGUAGGAGAAACGAAAGUAGAAUAGUGACACGCUAUGGUAGUGGAAUGGUGGACGCUAUAAUUUUAAUAGCAUUCGCACUACCGGGUGCUACUAUCAUUCAGCAAGGAGAUGAUUUGGGUGCAGCAGAUACUAUUCUUGAAUGGGCAGAAACUUCAAAAUGUUGGCCUAAUCCAGCAGUUCCAUCAGCUGCUCCAUUCCCAUGGGACGACACUCCUACUGCCGGUUUUACGUCUGGCGAUCCCUGGCUGCCACUAGCUCCAAAUUAUCGAUAUGCCAAUGCGAAGUCUGAGUACGCGAUUGAUUUAAGUCAUAUCGGUGUUUUAAAAGUUGCUUCAGCUAUUAGAAAAUCUCCAGCUAUUGGACCACACGUUGAGAUAAAGAGACUUGGUGAUGCGCUCGCUGUACUAAGGUGGGGUGGAUCAGGGUCCCUACUUGUCGUUUCUAAUUUAAGUCAAGGAAAAACUGAAGUCCUACUUUCAAAGAUUCCUGGACUGCCAUCCGAAAUGACAGUAGCUGCCAGUUCAGGAGGAUCCAGCUCUUCAAUCGGUUCCCAUGUGAAUUUGGAGAAAAACUUGAAACUCAGUCCUGGAGAAACUUUGCUAUUAGUUGGACCACCUAGACAUUGUGGUGGUCCAGGACCCGUGGACAAAAUCGCAAGUAAACUAUCUGAAGGCUGGCAGAAGAUCAACAAGUAUUUUGGCAGCAUUUAAUAUAAAUAAAUGAUUUGGCAAUAACAUUCUGUUGAUAAAUGUAUCAAAAUAUUGUGUUCUGUAAUUUAUCAGUUAUAAUAACAUCCAGUUCAUGGAUAUGUGACAUUUGCCUAUAAUUAAACGCGUAAAUUAGUUAAAAUAAACAGAUAAAGAACUUUAUUCAAUAUGUCAAAUACGUUUAUAAGACUCUUUAAUAUUGUACAUUUUCAGUUAUAUGGACAAUAAAAUAAUUAAAUAUUUCUUUUAAAAGGUGGUUGGUCCUGUAAUAAGUUUUGUUCUUUUUAGCGUUUUCCGUCACAUACAUAGAAAGAACGAUUAGAAAGAGGCCGCAACAGACAACAGGCCUGUAACCUCAUACUACUCGUAGCAGCUACGCUCCACGAUCAGCGGACAUUAGCCUACAUUCGCAUUGUACAUUUCAUUCCCUAUUGUAUUUUCCAUAUGACCUAUUUUCCUAUGAAUCUUAUGAGCUAUAUCAUUUACAUAUGCGUCUCCUUUUGUGAAAUUACUUUUUUAAUAAUGUUUUAUAUGUGUAAUAAAUACUACUUUACUGAUGACUCA